AACGAGGUGACAGAAUAGGACAGAGGCAAAAGAUGAAUGAGAAGGACAGAAAGGCGCGAGAGCUCGCUGCAAGCCCCAAACGGAAACUUACAGGCCAUUGGCCACCAUAAAAGUUAGUGCAAUGGGAAAGCAGACUGGAAGAUACAUAGGACACGUGGCCUUGACUGUACUAGUUAUUCCGCGCUUUGUAUUUUCAAUUGACUCGACAUUACAGGACUAAGAUUUUCCUCUUUUCACACUCAAGCUCAAAUGGGACUUCACCAAUCUGCGAGGCCGACGUCAAAUUAUUUAAGGGCACGCAGGUAGUCUGUUAUCUGUCAGAGGAAAUGCAGACAGAAAUUCCAAACAGGGGGAGAAUAAAUUAUAUGGGCUUGGAAGCGUUCUAUAUGUUUUUUCUCGCUCCGGGAUUCGAACCCGAGACGUGGAGGUGCGCUUACGGCGUGGAAACAGUGGGGUUUUUCGAGCCUUUCGCGAAAUUUGGGUGAAGUGGCCUGGGGCUUGAGAAAUUUUCAGGGUUUUUUCCUAGGGUUCCGGGAUUCUGUAUAAGUUUUUCUAGGGUUCCGGGGCUGGAUUUGAUAGAAUAUGUCUUCAUUGACAGUACGUAUCUUUUUCCAGGAAGAGGCCAUGUGAUGUGCGGUUUCAGAAACUAGGGUUUGAAUAUGCUUUUUAGAAAAUAAAGUUGGGGGUUUUCGCGGUUGAAUUUGACUGUGUAUGCCAAGUUAAGUCACAGGGCUUCCCUAACGCUUUUAAGACUUUUUUUUAACUUGUGGCCUGAAGCAGGGUUUCCAUGGCCUGGGAGUUAGUUUUGAGGUGAAUGUAUGUCUUAUUUUGUUAUUGGAGAGGAAAUUUUCAGCGUUUAUAUUUUUUGGUAAUUUUUUCUGAGUCCUGAAAUGUGAAGAUCCAAGUUUUUGAACUCUUGGGACAAUGCACUGGGGUUUUCUUGAAAUUUCUUCAUGUUUCGCGCUGGUUUUAUGUGCUUUUUGGAGUAGCGGCGAUCCUGGGCUCGUUCGACAUUAGGGUUUCAUUUAUUUGAUUUUUAUUUAGUGAUAGUCAAAGUUCAAAGGCAAGUUCCCGAUUAAGCUUCUUCAGUUUUAAUCUGGUCUGGCGGAGAGGGAUACGUUUAAGUGAAUCUCAUGAACCGUGCAUUUCAUCCGGUUGCAGGAGGAAUUGCCUCAGCCUCGAGAACAAUGAAAGCCCAAUAGUCUCACCUCAGCAUACCUGACAAGAAGGCUUUACAUACCCAAUCGGCAAGGUCGCAGACUGACAAGGAUGGGAAAAAGUAUUGGCCUUUUCUUGGCUAAGGUUAUUGUUUCUGUGGUUCCACUGCUGUCUCUCUUGUUGAUUCAAGGUAGUGCGACUGAAACGGAUAUUCAAUGCCUGAAAACUUUAAAGAGGAAUUUGAAGGAUCCUAACGACUAUCUUUCUACCUGGAAGUUUGAAAAUCUCCCUGAGGGGUAUAUCUGCAACUUUGUAGGAGUGGACUGCUGGCAUCCGAACGAGAAUAGGGUUUUGAACAUCAAACUCCCUGGCAUGGGUCUGGAGGGUGAUUUCCCAUUGGGGUUUAAUUAUUGCACCACAAUGACAGGGCUGGAUCUCUCUGAUAAUAAAUUUACAGGGCCUAUCCCUGUAAACCUUCCAAAAUGGAUUCAAUAUCUGACUUCCUUAGAUCUUUCUCAGAACAAUUUUGUAGGCACAAUUCCUCGAGAGGUUGCAAACUUGACGUACUUGAACAUACUUCAUUUACAAAGUAAUCAGUUGACUGGCCAGAUUCCCUGGGAGCUCACCAGGUUGGAACGACUCAAAGAAUUUAAUGUAGCGAACAAUCGGUUAUCAGGGCAGAUUCCUACAUUUGUACAUAAAUUUGAAGCAGAUAACUUUAAUAAUAACAGUGAUCUCUGUGGAGUCCCUCUGAGGAAUUGCAAUGAGACAUUGCCUGCUAAGAAAAAAAGCCCGGUUAUUGCUACGGCUGCAUCUGUUACUGGCGUUUCAGUUUUUUUUUUGAUUGGAUAUUCCGUCUGGUGGUUCUUCAUUCGAUCAGAGCCAAAGGAAAUUGUUACUAUAGAUGAAAGCAAAUGGGCCGAGCGGAUAAAGGGUCAAUUCGCUAAGGUUUCCAUGUUUGAGAAACCUGUUUCAAAGAUUAGUCUGGCUGAUCUUAUGGUGGCCACAAAUGAGUUCAGCACCGAAAACAUCAUAGGUACAGGAAGAACUGGCACAAUGUAUAAGGCAACGUUGCCAGAUGGUUCUAUAUUGGCAAUCAAAAGGUUGCAACCAUCUGCACAGACUGACAAGAAAUUCAAGUCUGAAAUGAUUACUCUUGGGCAAUUACAUCACCGAAAUUUGGUUCCACUUCUUGGCUACUGUGUUGCAAAAGGAGAGAAGCUUCUGGUUUACAUGCACAUGCCUAAUGGAACCUUGUAUGAAAAACUUCAUGUUGUUGAGUCAGAUGGUAAUAGUAUAGACUGGCCCAAAAGGUUAAAAAUAGCAAUUGGUGCAGCUAGAGGAUUGGCUUGGCUUCACCAUAGCUGCAAUCCUAGGGUUAUCCAUCGCAAUGUAAGUUCUAAAUGCAUAUUAUUGAAUGAAGAUUAUGAACCGAGGAUAACAGACUUUGGGCUUGCUCGGUUGAUGAAUCCUGUAGAUACCCAUCUUAGCACAUUUGUCAAUGGUGAUUUUGGCGAUUUGGGUUAUGUAGCACCAGAAUACAUGCGCACCUUGGUUGCCACUUUGAAGGGGGAUGUCUUUAGUUUUGGGGUUGUUCUUCUAGAGUUGGUUACUGGACAGAAACCUGUUGAAGUUGAAAACAUACAUGAAAGUUUCAAGGGUAAUUUAGUAGAUUGGAUCAGCUAUCUUUCAAAACAUGGUAAUGUUCAGGAAGCCAUCGACAAAGCUUUGAUUGGCAGGGGAUAUGAUGAAGAGCUUCUACAAGUUCUGAAGGUGGCUACUAACUGUGUUCUUUCUCCACACAAGGAGAGGCCUUCUAUGUAUGAGGUUUACCAUCUGCUAAGAGCCAUUGGUGAGAAUUACAACUUUUCAGAUCAGUAUGAUGAUAUACCUCUUGUAUCAGAUACUGCUGAGCGUGAUUACUCAAAUGAGCUUAUAGUGGCAAUCGAACCAAAGUGAAAUUUGGCAACAGCUAUGAGUACCUUUCAGGAAGUCUUUGGCAAAUGGCGAAGAUGACUCAGAUUCUUAACUGUAACAUUGCUGUGGGAGCUGAGCUACGGCCUGAAUAUAAUGAUGGAUUGAUAGUCUGCUACCUCCUUUCAAAAUGUUUGCUAGCCAAAUUAAUCUUGAAGACUUAUCAUGUAACAUCAUGAAAGUGUUCUCAUCUCUGCAAGAGAACAUGAAUUGCUUCUUGAAACAUGCCAGAGGAUUCAUUGGCAGAUUAUUAUAACUUAUAUGUUCUAAAUUAUUUAUGGCUGAAUUUUGUUGGGCAAUAGAACCCAAGGUAAGAAAUUAGUCGUAUUCAGUUCUAUUUUAUAUUUUAUCA